AUGUCUCAUGUCACAGCUGACCUCGAGUGUUUUAAGUGCGAUAUGUGCGGUGUAUAUCUUCACAAGGACAUCUUCUGCAAUCAUAGACGUGAGUGUAAGGGUCCUCAUUCAACAGAACUGAAGAAAAGUGAAUGCCGUCAGAUAGAAGCAGCGCUAAACGAAAAAUCGAGAGAACGACUUGCGUUGCAGUCCGCUAGCGCAAGACCCCUUGUCCCUGCCGAACUCAUGGAGUUACACCAGCAAGCGCGCAUUCGGAGGGAGGUUGCCAACAAGUACGAGAGUGAGGUUGAGAGGAAAAUUCAGGAGCGACUUGCUCCCGAGAGGAUGCUAGCUCUCGCUAAGUUUCUUGCGGAGUGA